GUCAGUUACUCCACCAACUCGCAACUGCUUCACGAGCAUGUUGAUAGGCCGGCUGUCUACGGACUGCAUAUGCACUAGCGCCAUCACGAUGACGUAGCCAAGUAGCUUGCAUUACCGCAUUACUAGAUUACAGAAGAAGAAAGAAGUCCACAUCCACUAGGUGCUCCUGCCAACUCCCAACGCCACCCCUCUACCCCUCCGUCCCAGUCAAUUCUCCAACUAUCCCGUACCACAAUACCCAUCAUGUCAGACCCUAAAAACACCUCAUCCAUCGCCAUCCUCGGCGCCGGCGAUGUCGGCGCCACAAUUGCCUACAGCCUCAUCAUGAACCCUGUCGCUGGCGACAUUCUCCUCGUCGACCCCAAAGAAGAAGUCCGUGACGCCCAAGUGGCAGACUUGUCAGACGCCACCUUCCAUGGCAACACCAGCACGCGCAUAAGAGCCGGCACGCACAAAGAAGCCGGACAAUGCGACAUCGUUGUAAUCGCAGCAGGCGCAAAGCAGAAGAAAGGCGAGAGCAGGACGGAUCUAAUCGGCCGCAACAAAUCCAUUCUCGAAUCCGCAAUCUCAGAUAUGAAACCGUUCCGCGAGGACACUGUACUAUUGUUGGUUGCAAACCCCGUCGACGUGCUCACCUACUUCGCCCAAGAAUACUCCGGUCUACCCAAAUCCCAAGUCAUUGGUUCGGGAACGUUCCUCGACUCCGCCCGUCUUCGUGGUAUCCUCGCGUCUAAAGCCGAAGUCGCGGCGUCUAGCAUCGAAGCGUACGUCCUAGGCGAACACGGCGAAUCUCAAUUCGUAGCCUGGAGUCUGGCUUCCAUUGGCGGCGUGCCUCUCUCCUCCGCGUUAUCGUCCAAGCAAUCAGGAGCGUUGGAUAAGAACGCCAUUGCCGAGGAAACGAAGAAUAAAGCUACCUCCAUUAUCGAGAACAAGGGCGCGACAAAUUACGGGAUUGGUGGUGUGGCGGCGAGUAUUUGCAAGUCUAUUAUCUUUGAUGAGAAGAUUGUAAGGCCUGUUAGCACGUAUCAAAAAGAUUUGGGGGUUUGUUUGAGUAUGCCGGUUGUGUUGGGGAGGAAGGGGGUGGUGAGGGGGGUGCAGAUGCCGUUGGAUAAGGAGGAGAGGGGGAAGUUGGAGGGAAGUGCGAAGGCGUUAAAGGAGGUUAUUGAGGCUUAGGGCGAUGCGUUUCGGGGAUGAUGGGUGGAGUGGAGCGGUGGUGGUGGGGUUUGUGUGUCAGCUAUCCGAUCCUUCGGGCUGAGGGGAUGUAGAAAAGGACAGCUUUUGUCUACUCUCUUCUACUUUCCUAUCAUCCACUUCAAAAAGGUCUUUUUCCAAAACCCAAGUCGAUUUUUGCCAUGGCUGCGUCUUCCGUACUCCUCUUCUACCAAAAACAAAAUUAUGGCAGCUCAUAUUGUCUCCCAGAACUCCUCUUUUCCAAAACUUCGGUAGAACCAGCACACUCGAGAACAACGCUCUCCUCACCAAAUGUGGACUGCUUCUCCAGAGAUUCUAACUCCUUCUUUUCAACACCAC